AUGUCUACUCAGGAGACCGCAAAUACUCUAUACCUGGAGGUUGAUGACACCAAGUACGCCUACCGCGUUAUUGGAAAUGCGAGCGACGAUUCUCCACCUCUUCUUAUGCAUAAUCACGUUCGAUCUACCAUCGACACCUGGGAUCCUUUUGUCAUCAACAACUUGACCGCUACCGGCCGUCAACUCAUCACGGCUUUUGCUCUAAACCUCUUGGCCUUUCUCGGGGUCCUCUUACCAACCAUGAACAUCCAUCAGGUCGACGUUCUUGGUUUCUCCAUGGGACGCUACAUCGCUCAGCAGGUGGCCUUCGAUGCUCCUGAUGUUGUACGCAAACUGGUUCUUGCAGGCACCGGUCCUAGUUUUGGUCCCGACCUCGAGCGCCCCAUGAACGAAGUCCGGUCAACAGUCUUUAACCCAACUCCCGGAAUACCUACUAUCGAGGCCUUCUUCCCCUCCUUCACCACCGGAGAGCAAGGCUUGUACUCAUGGCAUCGAUGGAUUAUGUGA